AUGAGUUACGGAAAUAAUUACGGCGGUGGUCAAAACCCGUAUGCUCAACAAAAUUCACCAGGCUAUCCUCAAUCGCCUCAAUACGACAAUGGAGCAGCCAUGGGACGAGACUCUUAUGGUGGACAAAAUGUCGAGAUGGCAUCCUUAGCACAGAACGGAAGUCAGCCUGGAGAACAAUAUGAUCCCAAUGCUAUUCUCAACCGAUGUCGCCAAAUCGACGUUGAAAUCGACAAUACUGCGCGAGGGAUUGGAGCACUGGAAGCACUACGUGGUCGAAUCAAUAGAGAGGUUGAUCAAGGCGGUAUCACUAGAGACCUCGAGGAUAUUUCAGCCCAAACCAUGGCGUCGCAGCGAGAUAUCAUCGAAGAGCUUCGAAAAACCAAACUCAUGCCAGAUGCUGGGAGCGACAUGAAUACCAAACAAAUCGGCAGAGUGCAACGCAAACUCAAGAAGACCAUGGAAGAAUUCAACGCGAAAGAGCAACUGAUUAAGAAUGCUGUUCGUGAUCAAAUGAGAAGAGAAUAUCGUAUUGUCAACGCAGACGCCACCGACGAGGAGGUUGCUGCUGCUGUACCGGACUCAGAGCCCCAACAAAUGUUUCAACAAGCUUUGAUGACAAGCAACAGACAGGGACAAGCCAACACGACUUUGAAUGCUGUCAGAGAUCGAAACGCUGCUAUCAAGAAGAUUGAGCAAGAUAUUAUACAAAUCGCAGAACUGUUCUCACAGAUGGAGAACCUGGUUGUACAACAAGAAGCUGCUGUGGUCAACAUUGAAAUGAAGGGCGAAGAAGUUGUCGAGAAUAUGGAUAAGGGAGUUCAACAAAUGGAUACGGCAAUUGUCAGUGCGAGAUCAAGAAAUAGAAAGAAGUGGUACUGCUUAGGUCUUGUUGUCAUCAUUGUUGCCAUUAUCGCAAUCGUCUUAGCUGUACACUUCACCAGUAACAAAUCAAACGACAAUACCAAACCUGCUGCCAAGAGAGCGGUUAUUCCAGGUACCGACUUCACUACAUCAGAUAGACUUGUCGUACCAGGAGCGAGCUUCGUAGAAUCAAGAAUGGUGGUUGCAGGCAAGGAUUGGAGUGAAGAAAAGGCAGUUGUUCCAGGUGCGGACUUCACACCUGUGGUUAGGAAGUGGAAGAAAUUCAUCGCAUGA